UCGAACUAUUCGACUCAGUUUUGCUCCUGCAUAGACAUGAGGCACCGACCGUCUGUGUACUUUGUGGACAGCCAAACCGGCGCCCCUCCGCUACCGCCCCGAGCGGGCCGGAACCGGCGGUGCAGCAGCCUGGCCCAGACGCUCCUUUUUGUGCUGGUGAGUGUGGCUCUGACCGGGCUCGUCGUGGAAGCGCUGCUCAUCUUCUACCUGCAUUCAAAUCAGUUAGUAGGGGCACCGUCAAUGUCAUUCUCCAAGUUGACUGAAGAAAAAAGUGCAUUUCCUCACACUUCCACUCGUCAUACCCCUACUCCCAAACCACUCGCACGCCAGAUCGAAAAAAAUGCAUCUCGAUAUACUUGCAAACCUUGUUUCCCUCUUUCCAAACCAGUGGCACGCCUGAUGGGUGGCAAAGAUGUGGUUCACGGCAAAGGCUUCGUAGGCUGGAGCCUCAUUUCGGACCACCUCCUCCGCGGCAUGGACUACAAGGACGGGAGUCUGCUGAUCCGUCGGGAAGGUUUCUACUUUGUCUACUGCAAAUUGUCCUUUCACAGCCACGGCGUCUUCCACCACAUCGUCAAGAUGCGCACUCGCCGGCAUUCCGCUGGCCCCGUUGUCCUCCUUCAGGCCAGGAAACAUUCCUCCUCAGACGGCAACAUCAGCAAUUCUUUCCUCGGCGGGGUUUUCCAUCUGCACAAAGAUGACGCCCUGUUUGUCAAAGUCAGCGACACCUCGAAAAUAGUGCAGGUUAUUGCCUACGAGAGCAUCUUUGGUGCAUUUAUGAUAUAAUUGAUGUCAAAUUAAGCUUAUUUAUAGCCAUUUCAGAUGCUGUCACUCAAAAUGUUGUGACUUGUUAAUAUUGAUUUGACGCCACCUUGUGGCAUUUUAAUGCAAUUUUAAUUCGCAGCCCAUCAGAGAUUAAAUCAAUACUCUUGAUUUUGAACAACACCUACAUGACCAAGUUACCUUAUUUUGAAUUGGUAAUGUAGAUAUUGUGCAGUAGGCAGUAAUAUCCAGCAGAGGGUGCUGUUUACCCUUGUUAAUCCCAAACGGGUGUCUAAGCAAGAAAUGUAUAAUAUAAAUAUGCUUCAAACUAGACGAGAUUUUUUGUUUUGUUUUGAGUGCAUUUGUUUGUGCAAGCCUCAGUCAUAUUUGAAAGUUUUCAG